AGGGUUGAAAAAUCAGACAUGAGGUACUGCCUACAGAUUAUUGCUGUGAUCAUUGCCGUAUUCCUGCCUCUGUUCUCCAAAGCUGACUCUGAAACUCCAGCCUCGUGCUCUGUGGUACAAGGGCUUCCAGGUUUAAAUGGAAGAGAUGGUAGAGAUGGUGCCAAUGGACCUAAAGGUGAUGCAGGCUCACAGGGAUUACCUGGAGAUCCGGGAACCCCAGGUUUACGAGGCAACACUGGGCCUCCUGGAAAAGUAGGGCCUAAAGGAAACCAAGGAGACAAGGGAGAAAAGGGAUUUCCAGCAAUGCCUGGACUCAAAGGAAAUGCAGGCCCACAAGGCGUUCCUGGACCAAAAGGAGAGAAGGGAUAUUCAGAUUCUAUAAUAGAAACUCUACGUGCCAAGGUGAAUAGUAUGGAGGCCGAACUAAGAAAUCUGAAACUUAAUGUGGCCAUACAGAAGAAAGCCUUGGUAUUUUCAAAAGGAGCAAGUGUUGGUGAAAAAUUGUAUGCCACCAGAGGUGAAGAGGCCACAUAUGAGGAUGCUAUGUCAACAUGCUCCAAGGCUGGGGGACAGCUGCCAACACCAAGGAAUGAUGCAGAAAACAAAGCUGUAUUAAGUUUAUCUUUGCUGUACAAUAAAGCACCAGUCAUUGGUAUUCAUGACAAACAAAAGGAAGGCACUUUUACAUACUCAAACAAUGAUAAAAUUGGAUUUUCUAACUGGAAGCCUGGUGAACCCAACGAUCACAAUGGAGUGGAAGACUGUGUGGAAAUGCGUAUAGAUGGAACAUGGAAUGAUAUGAGCUGUGAGCUAAAACGCUUAACUGUUUGCGAGUUUGCCUAGCACUGAAAAUUUUCGUGAUAGCAGCAAUCUAAAAUAUUUUGAUAAAUGUUUGUUAUUGGGCAUGUUCAUAAUGCUGACAGUAUUUAUGGUAGCUGUUAAACUUACAUUUAUUCAUAUUAACUGCAAUAUAUUGUGCAUAAUUGGGGCUUGUAAUAGUUAAAUACAAUUUAAUUAAAUGGCAUGUCCCAAACAGAUCAAUACUGUAGAAUAUUUAGUUAGUGACCUGUUAACACCACUUUUGUCUACAGCAGUGAUCCCCAACCAUCGUGAGCAACAUGCUGAUCAUUAUUCCCAAUUAUAUUGCUCCACUGGCCUCAUACCAAGUGCCUAUUUUAAAGUUCCUGGCUUAAAUUCAAGUUUUGAAUGCAUAAAGACACAGGUGUACUCUGACAGAGCCUUGUGCUGGAUAUCAGUCCAUAUUAGGGCUAUCAAUUUUCCUAUCACAGCCCUUAUUUGGCAUCCCCACAAAAUGUUGUUUGUGUGGUACCCAAACAGUUUUUACAUUCAGCUGUGUAAAAAAGGCUGGGGACCCCUGGUCUAAUUGGUCCCAUUAGUUUUUGAAUAUGAUAGACAUCUGGCUUGUAUUUUACUGGCUUUUCCAGUAAAACAGUACUACCAAUGUUGAUAACUGGGAAGAAGGCAUGUGUGGAACAAAGUUACAGGAAAGGCAUGUGUGGAACAAGUUAUAGGAAGGUACCCAUGGUUCUCAGGUGGAACCAUAGAUGCGACCGGAGAAAACCUUUGUACUAUGACAACUGACCCAAGCAGCAUGCCUAUACUUUACCCUACACAGUUAAAAGCCACAGUGUCAUGUCUAUUCCACAAGCAGUUUAUGAAUGUCUACAACAUUUUCUGCAGGCUUCCUAAAUGCAGGCUGCAUUUCAAUUGUCUUUCUGUGUCACAGAAUAUAGUGUUCCAACUGUAUGUUCAACAAAUUCUAAAUAUGUACAGUACAACAAGGGCUUAGAAAAUCCUGGGUGAGCCAAUUUUUCCUACAUACAUGCACACUGGUUGCUAAGCAUAUUUUCAAUAUUUUCUUUCACUGUAGAGGCAUUUUCUCUUAGUAACUUUGUGUUUACUAUCAGCUUUGAAAAUGGAACUGAAAUGUUCUGAAAACUGGCUGUGAUUAUCAUUAUAUCAAUAAAGGUAUCCCUUUUAUACCACUA